UGUAGCAUCGCUAUCGGGUGCAGCAUCGUCGAUCGCAUCAUCCAUAAGACCAUAACCAUUUCAACUUGCGUUCCCAUUUUCAAAACGACACAUCGAUGGACGUGGGAGGCGCCGAUGAUCUUUCUCCGGAUGCCGCCAUAUCGCGAUGGAAAUUCGCGGUGUCGCGGCAGUAUCAACACCUUCUUGACAAAACUACCCCGCACGUGCUCCGCCGUUGGAUCGGGUGCUUGGUGGUGGCUUCCAUCUACGUGCUACGUGUCUACUUGGUCCAAGGCUUCUACAUCGUGUCUUACGGUCUUGGCAUUUACAUCCUCAACCUCAUCAUCGGGUUUCUCUCCCCUCAGGUUGAUCCCGAAACUCAUGUUGAUGGCCCCACCCUCCCCACAAGAGGAUCCGAUGAGUUUCGUCCUUUCGUUCGUCGCCUCCCCGAGUUCAAGUUCUGGUACUCUAUCACAAAGGCAUUUUGCAUUGCAUUUGUGAUGACUUUCUUUAGUGCGUUUGAUGUUCCGGUGUUCUGGCCAAUACUUCUCUUCUACUGGGUGGUACUAUUCACGCUUACUAUGAGGAGACAGAUAUCACACAUGAUCAAAUACAAAUAUGUACCAUUCUCAUUUGGGAAACAGCGCUAUAAUGGAAAGAGAGCAGCAGCAGAAAGUGCAAGCCUUCCAGUGGACUGAAAUUUUAAGUGUAAUUGAACUUUAUUUGCUAAUUUAAGUCACAACCCCGCAUGUGGAUUGAUAUCAUCUGCAGUAUAUCUUAACAGCUGGGGCAAUCUGAGGAUGUGGUGGCAGAAGAAGAUUGCUUAUGGAUGUUCAAUUCCCAAUUGAGCGACUGUUUGGACAUCUUCGAUGUUUCUACGCCCUGGUAGAAGAUCUUAGCUUUGGGGAGAUGUUGGGGUUUGUGAGGGCUCUUUCUUUACAUCGCCCUUCUAGUAAUACCUUUUUUCUUUAUUUUCUAUUCCUAUAUAGGUAGGCAAAUGCCAAACCCUUAUUGCUGAAUUCAUAGUCAAAUAACGAGAAUUUUACGAAGCCUGUGCAGAAGAAAUACGCUUCAUUAUUUGCAAUGGGGUUACACUGAUCUGUCUUUUCCAUUGUAUUUUUUUUUUUUAAUCAUGUGAUUUUCAGGAACUCAGUUUUUCUAUAAAUUUGCUCAAACAGUAUCAUUUUCUCCCGCAGGUUGACAUUAUUGCGAUUUGUGCAUUUAGAGUGUUUGGACAUUUUUUUUAGUAAAUUGUAUCUGCCUAGCACUUUGGAAUUGAUGUUGGCCUUUUCCUAAUUUACCUUGUGUUUGGUUUACAUUUCUGCUGAAGCAAACGGAAAAGAAUAAUGCUAUAUAUAUAUUCUUUAUAUAUACAUCAUUUCAUAUCUGAAUAUUUUCCAUAAUUAUAAUUGAUCUCACUUUAUUUUUUCAAACUUGCUCGAAUUUUAUCACCUCAUUGUAUUGUGAUGUACCACCAAGCAUCAUUUAAAAAAUCUUGCUUUCCAUUGCAAUUUUAUACAAAGUGAAAUAUUUUGCUUAAAAGAGUACCUUCGGCAAUGUCUCAAAAUCUAGAACAUACAAAGCAUAUGUCUUUUGUAGAUGAUAUAUUUUUCUUUGGUCAUAUCAUAUGCCUUCAGAUUGGAAUUUGACAACCUCUGUUCCCUUUAUUUUAUUUAAUCUUUCAAUUAAAAUGCUUCACGCAGGAAGGUGCCAGUUUUUGGUUAUGUGGCUCUCAUUUGGCUUUAAAAUUGCCUUGGCUUCCUUUUGGCCCUUACUGUUGUUAUUAUAGAAAUGGAAUUCCCAUUUGGUGUUCUUUUUAUUUCUUUUUUGUUUUAAAAAUCUAAUAUUUUAUUUUAUGUAACAUCCCGAGUACUGACAAGGGCGGGGAGUGAUCGCCGGUGCGAAAGGACAUGGACAAGGAGCAGCUCCUGGCAGGCUUCCAGCGACGGGGUACAUGAAUGAAUCGAAUCAACAACACCUGAAAGAGAGGGAUUCCAGAGACUGUGCUGGUAUGGGACGGUACAGUUGGGAAUAACUUAAAGAAUUAAUUGGUACUACCUAUACCAACAAGAUGCAUCUUCUUUUUAGUAGUCCGGAAUGGAAGAACUCCAUAGUUAAGCGUGCUUGACUUGGAGCAAUUCUGGGAUGGGUGACCUCCUGAGAAGUUUUCUCAAGAAGUGUGCGAAUGAGGAAAAAGCACACUGAAAAGUCUUGUGUUAGUAUGUGGGGAUAGUCAUUGAUUCUUGAAGCGGCCGGGCGUUACAAGUGGUAUCAGAGCAGAGCCUCUCUUCCAGUACGGUGUGAUUCGAGGACGAACCAGGCAAAAGCUGGUGGGCAUGACGGGAGCGGGGAGUGAUCGCCGGUGCGAAAGGGCAUGGACAAGGAGCUGCUCCUGGCAGGCUUCCAGCGACGAGGUUACAUGAAUGAAUCGAAUCAACAACACCCGAAAGAGAGGGGUUCCAGAGACUGCUGGUAUGGGACGGUACAGUUGAGAAUAACUUAUAAGAAGUAAUUGGUACUACCUAUACUAACAAGAUGCAUCUUCUUUUCGGUAGCCCGGAACAGAAGAACUCCAUAGUUAAGCAUGCUUGACUUGGAGCAAUUAUGGGAUGGGUGACCUCCUGGGAAGUUUUCUCAGGAAGUGUGCGAGUGAGGAAAAAGCACACUGAAAAGUCUCGUGUUAAUAUGUGGGGAUAGUCAUUGAUUC